AUGCAGUUCACCAUCAUCUCCAUCCUCACCACCCUGGCCGCCACGGCCAUCGCCGUCCCCGUCCCCGGCGAUUACCACCCCCCCUCCACGGCGAAGGUCAACUUCUUCGGUGCCGCGGACGCCUCCUUCUCCCAGUCCUUCAAGACCGAUGGCACUGAGGCCGAUAUCCACAACGUCCUGAGCGUGUCCAAGAUCUCUGUUCCUGCGGGUGUUACUUGCACCUUUAAUGGGAUUGAUGGGAGUGUGACUAAGGUUAGCAACCAGGCUCGCGUUGAUGUUGGUCCGCCACAGACGCAGGUUUCGGGUACUUGCUGGAACCUGUAA